CGCAGGAGGAAAGUGAAAGAGUCUGCUCUGAAACAACUGACAAGUCUGCUCUCCUGACCGACACAAAGCUCACCUUCCGGAGACCUGACCAUCGAUGUAAGCCGUGUGGGUUUAGAAAUGGCAACCAACAGUCUGUUGUCUGAGGAGCAGUUUCUGUGUCCCAUCUGUCUGGAUGUUUUCAAGCGACCCGUUUCCACUCCGUGUGGACACAACUUCUGCAUGGUCUGUCUCACGUGCUACUGGGACGAUGCACGAGUCUGCCAGUGUCCCGUCUGUAAGGAACAAUUUCAAAGGAGGCCCGAUCUCAAGGUCAACACUUUCAUUUCAGAGAUGGCGUCACAGUUCAUGUCACUAAACGUGACGAACGCUGAGAAUGAAUUUGCAGAUCAGCAGCAGGGGAACUGUGGCGAUGUGGUGCUGUGUGACAUCUGCACUGAGACCCAGAGAGAGGCUGCCAAAUCCUGCCUGGAGUGUCUCAGCUCGUACUGCAACGAUCACCUGGAGCCUCAUCACCGAGCUUCUGGACUGAGGAGACACACUUUGGUCGGACCGGUGCCAAACUUGGAGGACAGGGUCUGCAAGAGGCACAACAGGCUUCUGAUACUGUUCUGCAGAGAUGACAGCGCCCUCCUGUGUAACAUCUGCGCCAGCUCCAACCACAUCAACCACGACGUGAUUCCCAUACAGCAGGCUUAUGACGAGACAAAGGAUCUGUUGGAGAAAAGCGAGGUCCAAGUGCAGCGUAUGAUCCAAGAAAGGACUAGUAAGGUGCAAAACACGAGAGACUCGGUGGUGGAAAGCAAGACGGGAACUGAAGGACUGGUGGCAAGCAGCAUUCAAGACUUAGAAGACGUGGUGCUUGAGAUUAACAGGAUCCAGGUGGAGCUCAUCACGGCGGUGGAGGAGAAGCAAAAGUCAGCAGAGGAAGAAGCAGAGGGGUUCAUUGGAGUUAUGACACUGGAGAUCAGUGAGCUGCAGGCGACGGCGGUGAAGCUGAGGGAGCUAAAACAGACCAAAGACUGGCUGGGUUUCCUGCAGAACCCAUCCCUGCUGCCUUACACCAUGGACCUGUCAGCGUUCAACUUCAACACUCUUCUGGGGACAGAGCCCAUGCGGACAUUUUUGACAAAUUCAUUUUCUCAGCUGCGAGCGUUGCUGAGUAAAAUCAGUUCAGAAAUUAGUCACUUCUCCGGCAGCUCAGACAUGUCAGACGAAGCCAAGCUCAGAUACAUGCAGCAGUAUGAGGUGAACGUCACGCUGGAUGCCGAGACGGCUCACCCCAUGCUCAGCUUGUCUCCUGAUGGGAAACAAGUGAGUUACACUCAGGGUUCGAGCAGAAACGUGGCCCUGAGACCCGGCAUGUUCAAUGAGCAUCUGGCCGUCCUGGGACGGACGGGCUUCUCGUCCUGUAAGUUUUACUUUGAGGUUUACGUGGGACAGAAGACGGAGUGGUGUCUGGGCGUGGCCACAGCGUCCAUCCAGAGGACUGGGGCUGUCGCUCGCUCCUCUUUCUGUGGACUGUGGGCUCUCUGGUUACUGAAGGAUAAGCUGGAAACCUUCAGCUCCCCGGGCGUGGUGGUGCACCUGGGGAGGGUGGAGCGCAUCGGAGUGUUUGUGGAUUACGACGGCGGUCAGAUAUCGUUCUACGAUGUCGGUAGCGCAGCGCCAAUCUACUCUUUCAAUGAGUGUUUGUUCACUGAGGAGCUCUAUCCUUACUUUAACCCUUGCGAUAACGAGUACGGUUCAAAUCUGGACCCACUGAUUAUUGUUCCUGUUUCUAUUACUGCUUAAGCAGAAGAUUACCAAUUAAAUUAUCCCAAUCUUUUUAUUAAUUAAUUAAUUCAUUUAUUUACCGUUUGUUUUUUUGGGCAACACAAACAUUUUUUUUGAAUUGAUGUGGAUGAACAGUGGCAUCAAGAUUGUGUUAGUUGCAUUGAUACCGGGGUACUUUUGCAGGGUUCUUUCUUUACUGAUGAACAACCGUGUUGCAAAAGAAACUGCAAAUAAAUUUACCUUCAUGAAGGUCAAAUUCAGUAUUGGAUUUACAUUAGAUUUCUAACCCUUGGCAGUGUUACCACACUGGACCAUGUGACACAGAUAUGGAUCAGUCAUCCAACUUUAACACAAAUUGUGUCAACUAGAUGACUUUGCAGUAAGUCUAGAAAUAUUUAUUUUAUUUUAAACUACCCUAUGACAAGUUCUCACAUCUCAUAAGCUGUUUUGCAAGGACUGGGGAUCCUGCGAGGUCACUUUUUACACAUCUAUAACAAAGUUCAUGCAGAUUCCUGUGUCACGCACACAGUUUACAUGAGACAAGACUUAAGACCAGCAAUAAUAUAAAGCAUGUUUGAUUCUGUUAGAACACCAGGACGUGAAAGAGACUGCCUCUGGUUUUGGUUGUCUCAACUUAUAACGGCACGGCAGCGUCACAUUAACACUCAGCCGGUGGUGAAUUUCAUGUGUCUUCUUCAAACCAGAAUCACAUUUCUUCGUGUUCGCUACACAAAUUAGCCCGUAUACGUAUACACUCUUGGAGGAGAUGGUGAUGGUGGCAGGCUUCCCACUUCUUUAUGAGCCUGCUUAUCCCGACACCCAGCGCAGAAAUUAAGCUUGGAGAAAGUUGGCAGACUUUUAUUUAUUACGGUCAUCUGAUUAGGUUUAGCAGAGCGGAAAUAAACUGAGGAUGUGGCUGUAACCUCAAAGUUUGAAGUACACGCUUCUAAAUGAGAAAACGGGGGAAGAGCUUUGUCUGCAGGAGGAACUGCUGGUGGUACGGUGGCGGUGGAGCAACACAUAGGGGAACUAUCUUAUAUCAAGAGUUCUGAUCAUGUCAAAGCCAAAUGUUAUUAUUAUGUUGACAGACAAAGCCUUCUUGUCUGUUUAAAAGGAGUUGAUUUUCUUCCUGUGCCUCAAUAAGACUCUUUUAAGCAGCGUUACUGUCACUAACGACUCAGACAUUGUGGUGUGUUUAGUUGACGUACCAGAAACACCUUUACUGUUUG